CGGAAAUGAGGUUUUUCACAUUGUGCAUUUCUCUGGCCUGUUUAGAACUAAGCGGUAAUAUAAAAUACUUUCAAAAUGCCACCUAAAAUGAAAUUUCAAGAAGGGGAGAAAGUGCUUUGCUUUCAUGGGCCAUUAUUAUAUGAGGCAAAGUGUGUGAGAUUUGAAGUCAGGGACAAAGUUAACCAAUACUUUAUACAUUACAAUGGAUGGAACAAAAAUUGGGAUGAGUGGGUGCCAGAGAGUAGGGUGUUGAAGUACAGUGAUGCCAGUAUUCAGAAGCAGAAAGAACUGUUAAAAGCUCAUGUUGGGAAAAGUAGAAACAAAAGUAAAGCAAGGGAAAAAGAAAAAGAGAGAGCAUCGACUCCAACAACAGAGAAGACAUCCAAACAGAAAGGUACGCCAGCAUCAGGUGCAGGGUCAGCUUCCAGUUCCCAGGAUUCCUCAGCAAGUGCCACACCCACUACUGGCCCGUCAGACCCGAAAAGGAAGAGAACGCGCACUGAUACAGAUUCUGCCCCAGGUACCCCAUCUCAAGAGACCAAGGAGGCCACACCCUCAUCAAGUACCCAGACCAGUACCCCCAUCCAAUCAGAAGCCCAGAAGAAGAGAGGUCGGCUGGGGUCAAGUACACCUGCUCCAACAGCAACUAUAGAGUCUGCGCCAGCCACUCCAGCAUCGGAAUCAACAGCCAGCACUCCCUCUACUCCUGUGGCUAGUGAAACCACAAAGAAACGAGGUCGUCCCCCAGCUACCCCCACACCCUCAACAGACACGACAUCUCAAGCCUCCCAGGAUUCUACUCCGUCUUCAACAGGAACUCCCUCCACAGAAGUAAAGAGGAAGCGGCCCAGGCCUGACCCCACGGUAGAAUCGGAAGAAUCCUUUUUAGCAAAGAUAGAAGUCAAAAUCAAGAUUCCAGAGGAACUCAAGCCCUGGUUAGUGGAUGACUGGGACUUAAUUACUCGACAGAAACAGGUAGUUUCCCUGCCCUGCAAAACAACUGUAGAUAAUAUACUGGAUGACUAUGUACGCUCCAAGUCCACAAAAGCCAGCAAUGUCAACAAAGAUGCUGUUGUUGAGGUCACUCAAGGAAUCCGAGAGUACUUCAAUGUCAUGCUAGGUACACAGCUACUGUACAAGUUUGAGAGGCCUCAAUAUGGAGAGAUACUAAAGGAGAACCCAGACAAACCAAUGAGUGAGAUCUAUGGUGCAAUUCAUCUGUUGAGACUCUUUGUUAAACUAGGAGGAAUGUUGGCAUAUACAUCCUUGGAUGAAAAGAGCAUACAACUUCUACAGAGUCAUCUGCAGGAUUUCUUAAAGUACAUGCAAAAGAACACAUCUUCUUUGUUUUCACUGAACGAUUACAUAGUUGCUCCCCCUGAAUAUCAUCGUAAAGCAAUAUGAAAUGAUCUCAAUCAUAGCCAGGAUAAUGUUAAUCGCUUUUGCACCAACAGUUCAGAAGAAGAUGGUGGAAGAAUUUACCUCUUUGUUAUCCAUUCAGAGAAUCUGAACUUUUCUUUGUAACUGUAAUACAACGUUAUUACAAUGUUGUCAAAUUGAACAUCUUCUGUAUUAUGCCAUAAUGCAUGUACUGUUGUGUUUGCAUGGUAAAAUAUACAUGAACAUAUCAAAAAUUUGUUUUAGAAUUUUAUAGAUAACUUGUAUGCAUGAAUACAAGUUUUGAGAAGGGGUAUCUGUUUGUUAUAUGCAUAUGAUUAAUGGAUUUUGAAUAAGCAUGUUUGAGAAAAGUAUAAUGAUUUGUGAAUAUGCAUGUUCGAGAUAUGUAUAAUGAUGAUAUACAAUGUAAUAUGGUGCAAGUGUACCCAGUAUGUGUAAUAUUAGCUUUGUUAAAUGAAGAAAACAGAUGAUCUUGCAGAGAAAUUUUAUUCUCAAGCUGUGUUUUCAAAGUAUGAGGGUUUGUCUUUUGAAAAAGAAAUCAAAGCUGAUAGACAUUCUUUGAGAAAGAUUUUUUAUAACGUGCAGUAAAAAUCAUACAAAAAAUAAACUUAAAGAAAAGAAAA